CUUUAGGAACACGCAACAACAACAGACCCAAAGUAGGCUACAGGAAGCGCGUAACAUCGUCACAUGACUCGUAAUGUAAUCACAUGACAGUCAGACUUGUUAAAUGUAAUCAUCCAGCACUGGAUUUCUGUUUGGACUUUUGGGGUCUCUGUGAGAAUGGCUGUGAAGUGGUUUUGUCUUGGACUUAUUUUGCUGUUCCUCUGUUCAACAACGGAGACACGUUAUGUGAGGGAAAAGCAAAAUAAUGAGGUCCACCCAUCUCACAGAGACCCAACAUCUGAUUUGAAAGAAAAAUACUUCAAGCAAAUUUUAGAUCACUUCAAUUACAACAGCUUGGGCAAUGGCACGUUUGAUCAGCGCUAUCUUAUCACAGACCAGUACUGGAGAAAAGGCUAUGGUCCCAUUUUCUUCUACACUGGUAAUGAAGGGGACAUAUGGGACUUUGCAUUGAAUUCAGGGUUUAUAACAGAGCUGGCAGAAGUGCAGAGAGCUCUGGUCAUAUUUGCUGAACACAGGUAUUAUGGAAAAUCUCUUCCAUUCGGCAAAGACUCGUUCAAAAUCCCUCAAGUGGGACUGUUGACAGUGGAGCAGGCCUUGGCUGACUAUGCAGUCAUGAUCACACAGCUGAAGGAGGAACUGGGUGCCCAGUCAUGUCCCGUCAUUGUCUUUGGUGGAAGCUAUGGGGGAAUGUUGAGUGUUUACAUGAGGAUCAGGUAUCCAAAUAUUGUGACUGGAGCGUUAGCCGCUAGCGCCCCCAUCCUGUCCACAGCAGGUCUGGGACAAUCUAAGCAGUUCUUCCAGGAUGUAACAACUGACUUUGAGAAGGUCAGCACUGCCUGUAGAGAUGCAGUAAAAGGUGCUUUCCAGAUGCUAGACACUUUAGCACAACAGAAAGACUACGGACGUAUCCAGUCUGCCUUCUCCCUUUGUAAAACUCCCUCUACCUCAAAGGACAUUAAGCAGCUGAACGGUCUCCUACGGAACGCCUUUACAUUCAUGGCCAUGAUGGACUAUCCUUACAGUACUCAUUUCAUGAGCAACAUGCCAGCUUUCCCCGUAAAGGUGGCGUGCGAGGUCAUGCUGAAUGGCACCGACCUUAUGUCUGCACUCAGAGAUACAGUUGGCAUUCUGUAUAAUUCCACCGGUGAAUUUCAAUGCUACGACAUCUACUCUCUCUAUGUGGAGUGUGCCGACCCUACUGGCUGUGGUCUUGGAUUCAACAGCUUUGCAUGGGAUUACCAGGCCUGCACUGAGAUCGAGAUGUGCUUUGAGAGUAACAACGUGACAGACAUGUUCCCCCCUAUGAAGUUCACUGAGGAACAGAGAGAACAGUACUGCCUCAAGAGAUGGGGGGUUGUGCCUCGUCCAGGUUGGCUGAAAACCCAAUACUGGGGAAGCGAUCUUUCUACUGCAAGCAAUAUCAUAUUUUCCAAUGGUGACCUUGAUCCUUGGGCUAAUGGAGGGAUCAGAAAGUCACUUAGUUCAUCACUGAUUGCGAUCAACAUACCAGAAGGAGCUCAUCAUCUUGAUUUAAGGGGGUCCAACCCUGACGAUCCAGAGUCAGUGAUCACUGCUCGCAAAAUGGAGUCUGAAAUUAUUGCUCAGUGGGUGAAGCAAGCCAGGAAAAAGUCAUCAUAAUUAUUUUUUAAUUUUUUAUUAUUUGAACAUUUUUAACUUGUAAAAUAUUGAAAAAGGGGGCGUUACACCAAGGCAUUUUUCUUGCGGCUGGCGUAAGUUUUCAGUUGUUUCCAAUGGGGUUUUUCCGCGUUCAGCGCUGAGCACCCAGAGUUUUCAACUUUGCGUGAAAUCUGCUCAGCUCGUCAAUCACUGUCAUGUUUCUGAAGGCUGCAUACAUCAUAAGGCUGUCACAUUUCAGAAAAAGAAGUAGGAGACUCCCGAAUGCGACCUUCUUUCACAGGAAUUUGGAGAAUGCAUGAGAUGUAUCCUUCGCUGCUGCAAAUAACCCACAAUUCCUUGUGUCGCCACGAACAAUAUGAUUUAUUAACGUCAUUCUACACACUGGCUAAUGCUAGCAAAGCUGUGGUGUUUAAAGUCCCCGUGAACGGGAAGUCACGAUCAACGUUACUUCCGUGUUGUGCCGUAUUUCGUGUAAAACGGAAUAUCAUGCAAGGAAAAUAUUGGGUGUGGCUUGUGUUUUCUACUGUGCUUUUGAUUGAAGUGAUUGGCGGAGUUAAAGGUGCAGUGUGUAGAUUUUAGCGGCAUCUAGCAGUGAGAUUGUGAAUUGCGACCAAUGGCUCAGUCCACCAUUCACUGAAAUGCAUAGAGAAGCUACAGUAGUCACCACAGGACACGCAUGUUGUUGUCUAAGACAAAAUACAGUAGUGACAAAACGCAGAGUAGUUUGUCCAUUUAGGGCUACUGUAGAAAAAUGGCUGCACAAAAUGGCAACUUCCAUGUAAGGGGACCCGCAGUGUAUGUAGAUAAAAUGGCUCAUUCUAAGGUAAUAAAAACAAUACAGUUUAUUAUGUAAGGUCUUUACACACCACUGAUAAUAUAGUUAUGUAUAUUAUAUUACAUUUCUGUCAUUAGAUCCUUCUAAAAGUUACACACUGCACCUUUAAAGGAUGCUCCUGCCCAAGCCACAAGGGGGCGGAAGUAUAUUUUCAGAUUUUGAUUGAAGUUUAUUAGGGUGCAGCGAUAUAUCGCGCAGAUGAUGCUUGCUAUGCUUCUCAAUGAAUUACGGUGAAAUGCCGAUACAUCCAAAGGCCAGAGGGCGCUCUCGUGCAUGUGCGCUGUAAACGAAGAACCAUACACAUGCAGCUAUGACCGCAGCUCCAGGAAAUGGCUUAAUGAUACAUUUAUAUUGCUGUUCUUCAAAACUGUUCAGGUAUUUUCAUGAUAAUAAAGAAUAUGUAUAAUGAUUAUGUUUGACGAGUGUUGCUUUUUCAAAUGCAUGUUAUAAACGACUCAAACUUUCAGAUCGAUUAUGGCUGUUUCUCAAUAUGCGUUCUUCAGUGAUCUUGCGUCCUUGUGUUCUCGCUUUACGUCAUCAUUAACCGUCGAAGUUCAAUUCCAAUUUUCAAGAACACAAGUACAGAGGACACAUGAAAAUACCCCGAUGUGUUCUUGAUAUCGAGGAUGCAUCGAGUGAAGACUUGCACGCUGAAAUCUGGGAAGGUCAAGUGACCAACAGGAAGAUCGCACGCAUCUCAAAUCUCACAAGUGUGUUCUGUGUUCUCGCCACUUUCUGAGUUUGUUCUUCCGAAGUUGCCUGGCAAGACCAGUCUCCACGAGAACGCAAGUCCGUUCUUUGCGUUCUUGGAAUUAAGAAACAGCCAAUGACUUGAAAUAGGACAUGAAAUAGCUGUGAAUAAUAUGGGAUGUGGGAUUCAGAAUAGUUAUCAGCCACUUAUCAUUAGGGAUGCACCGAUGAAUGCCGAUAUACACUAAAGUUUAUGAGGGCACAUAAAAAAUGAAAAAAGACCUACACUUAUAAAUUGAUUGUAAUAAACACUGCAAUAUUAAAUAAAAUAAGUCAGUUUAAGUAUUUUUUUCCAUUAUUUAUGUGCCCUCAUAAACUUUUAGGGGUGCCAAAUUUAGAAUUUUUUUCCUAUCUUUAACUGGUGUGAGACCACAACGACGCUAUAAAUGUUUUGGUUUCUUUUCUGUCUGAAUGUCCUACGAAGGACGUCUCGUUUCAUUUGAGGACCCUUCGUAUACCGCGUCUUUCAGAGGAUGCAACCUCCGAAGGAUGCUAAGGAUGCAGCCUUCUGAAACGAGACACAGCUAAUGUCACUUUUCACUCAGCCGUCUAAUCACAGGGGAGAAGGGGCGGGACAAAUACCACAAAAAACAACCAGAGCAUCGUACAAUGACUGAUAAACAAAACAGAAGUAUUAUAGCAACCGACGUGCCAACUGAAGAAACGCUGGCAAGCACCCACAGUUGGCCUACGCCUGCCGUUUUCAGCCAAGUUUAAAUGCUUUUGUGUAUACGCCCCCUAAAUCCAUUUACCUUUCACAAAUAUUCACAUAAAAAAAAAUACAUUCAUGAACUGUCUCUCUAAAUCAACAUUAAAUCCAAAUCAACAUUUACAGAUGGCAAACUGAGUUGGGGGAGCUUCAGUCAAAAUAAAGUGUGUAUCACUAA